AUGUGUCUUUUUAUUCAAGAUAUGGAAAUGAUCCAAGAAAAGAUUUGGACGCUGGCAUGUUCUUUCUCCAUCGACUAUAUAAAGGAGAUCAUACUCACCACCAUCCUUGGAGCCUUAUUUGCGUCAUCCCUUGCCAACGAUAAUGUUGACAUUAAUAAUGAGGGGAAUGUCGGGAGCAACGUGCACCAGACUGUGAACAUCAACAACCAGGAUAAAGUGGCCAGUGUGAACACCCUCAAUGGAUGGGACUCCUGGGAUUCUAUCUGUGACUAUGGCAGAGGGUUUGUUGCAACUAGGCCCUUUGGAAAGAAGAUCUGCGUUGUGUCAAAGAUGGAUAAACAGGUGUUCCCAGGUCUGGAAGCAAUAAGCACAGCCACCCAGCAGAAGCAGCUUUCCAAAACUCCAGUCUUGUUUAAGUACAACAUCAACCAGGUUCCUAUUGCCAAUAUUGGAAUAUAUGGUGUUCACAUUGAGGCUUUGUGCAAAGGAAUCCCAUCGUAUACAGCUGAGGUUAAACAAGGACCCAUCUCAGAUAUUGCACUUUGUGACACCGGCAGCAUCUUUGACUUUGGUGGCAUCAGCUUCUGCUUUUAG